UCUCAGUUUCUAAUAAAUGUAGAGACUUAUUAAACUCAGGCUGAAGCUCUAGUUAUUGGUUCAGUGUGUGUGGGUGUGUGCAGGUUGGUGGAUAGUGAGGGUGUUGAUAAGACAUGGUCUUGAACAGCUCAGCUCAAGUGGUGGGAGGAGUGGCAACAUCAUGUCACUGUGCAGUCCCUCACAGUCAUUGUUAUCAGACCUUCAGUACACAUCAUGGCUCGAGGAGAAAGGCACUAAAUGGCAGCUAUAGCUGGUUACUAAAGAUGGACUGGGAUAUCCAGCAAGCGCUAGUGCCUAUACUAGAUACAGUCAUUAUUGUGAUUGGACUGCUGGGACACUCGUUGGUAAUCUUCAUCUUGGUAAGCAGAAGGCGGAAGACAGCGUCACGGUCUUUUCAGGGGACUGAUAGACUACUCUUGGUCUUGAGCACCUCAGACAUGUUGUUGCUACUCUCUUUGCCUUUCCACACAGCUGCAAUCGCUCUGGGCAACUGGCCUUUUGGAUGCGUCUUAUGCAAAGCUGUCAGCUUCCUAGGAGUGGCAGGUAACACUGUUAGUGCGUUCACCCUAGCUGCACUAGCAGUAACACGCUAUCUGACAGUGGUACACCCAACCUGGGCAUACCGCUCCAGGAUGAAGCGCUGGCUUCAAGUAACAGCAGUUCUGCUUUGGGCACCGGCUAUGGCGUUGGCUGCUCCACAAUUUGCCUUCCGCAAUGUAGGCACAUACGCUGCAACACACUGCUUUGCUUUCCUCAAUGACAUUAGCCAAGUGGUCUACAGCACUGCCCUCUUCUUGUUCAGCUUUGUCCUGCCUCUACUGGUCAUCAUUCUCAUGUAUGCCAAACUCUACAGUUUCCUGCGUAGGACUAGCAUGCAGGGGCAAGCUCUGCAGUUGCAGCGCUACCAGAAGCAGGUGACCCAAACCACAGCCUUGCUUGUUGUUGUGUUCACAGUCUGCUGGCUACCUGCCUAUAUAGUCAUGUUCUGCAGAAUUGGUAAGAGUGUCAACAGCACAAACAGGCUUCGUUCUCUAGCACUGGUGGCACGGUUAAUGGCCACAUCAUCAUCCAUGAUCAACCCACUGCUGUACGCUUUCGUAUCACGGAAGUUCCGCCGGGAGCUGGUGGGAAAGGUGCGCUGUUGGGACAGUAUGGUAGUGCGCUGUCUUGUGUGUUGUCCAGAGAGAAGCAGGGAUAUUGUACAGCCCUUUAACCCAGCAGACCUGGAAACCCCGCCUCCAUAAUUGAAGCAAAAGACACUGUUAUUGAAACGUUGAUCUGUUGUUAAUAUGUAAACAAUCUUGUGGAUUUUUUGAACCAGCAGCCAAGUGAGGAUGUCGAGCAGGGGACUACAACUUCAGCUUUUAUAACAAGCCAUAAAAGAUGCGAGACCACAUCGGUUUCAUUAUAUUUAUCCAUCAGUGAGUCAUGUUUUUAAUGUGUUCAUAUCCGUGACGACCUUGUUUAUUCAUUUAUACUGAGACUUCAAACUAAUAUGGCAUUUAUGUGUUUGCUUCCUGACAUAUAAAUAGCUGCUUUGCUCUGUUUAUAAAACUAUGGAAACCUCAUUGCCCACAAGCAUCUACCAGCAAUGUUUACAGUCCAAUUAAAAAUAUGGCUCUGUGCAUUUAGUAUUGCAUAUUCUGUACUGACUGGCAACCAAGUGAAGAUUAAUGUGAAGAUGUGAUGAGCAAUACCAAGUAUGAUUCUUCCAGAUGAAAAUAAAAAAUAUUAUUUGAACUACACUUGGAACUGUGAAUUUAGCUAAGAAUCAAGCAAGCACUUUGUAUUCAGGUGUAACAUUAAGCAGUAGUUCCAU